AUGGUCGGACGCCGGCGGUUGGACGAUAGAUGGGAGCUCAGAACAGUAUAUGGGAAGCACAAUCAUCAUCCGAUAUACACGUCUGGGCAUGGGCUUAGUGCAUUGAAUGAAGCGGAGUCGAAGAUUAUCAAGGAUCUUUCACAAAGUCAUGUGCCGCCCAAGAAGAUUUUGGCUAACCUGAGGAAAAAUGGCUUGGGUCUCGAUGCUUAUUCGAAACAAAUAUACAAUGAAAAGGCGAAGUUGAGAAGAUUAGCUAGGGGUGACCGUACAGUGAUGCAAUAUUUGAUUGAGUUGCUUGAGGAGCAUAACUAUUACAAGUGGUUCCGUACAGAUGAAACGACACAUGCAGUUAUCGAUUUGAUGUGGGCUCACCCUCUAUCUGUCGAAUUGUUAAGUAAGUUUCCGUACGUUAUACUACUUGACAGUACUUACAAAACCAAUCAGUACAAAUUGCCUUUGUUGGAGAUUGUUGGUGUUACUCCGGUCGGAAAAUUUUUUACUGUUGGAGUGGUUUUUAUGCGCCAUGAAAAUGAAGAGCAUUAUACAUGGGUGUUGCAAAGGUUGAAGAGACUUUUCCCCCCACAUACUCUACCUAGUGCACUCGUGACUGAUCGCGAGUUAGGGCUCUUAAAGGCGAUAGAGAAUGUAUUUCCGACUGUGCCUCAUCUAUUAUGUCUUUGGCACAUUAACAUGAAUGUGGGGCGUCGUGCUUCAAAGUGUUUUGGCAAUAGUAGGCGUCGAGGAUUUGCUUUUGUAGUCGGUCCGUGGCAAACUUUGGUAACAUCAGUGUGUGAAGAAGAUUUCUACCGGAAUUAUACAGUUUUAGUGAACGAUUACGCGAAUCAUCCACAGUUGAUUGAGUACCUCCAAGACACUUGGCUGAUAUACAAAGAGAAAUUUGUAAAAGCAUGGACGGAUCUAGUUUUUCAUCUCGGCAAUACAUCGACAAGCAGGUAUUUAUUUAUCAGUGGUUAA